AUGUCUACGCCUGAAAACAACAUUGUACCUGCUGCGAGUCCUGGACGUCGCGCUGGAGCUCGAGAGCCCGCGCAGGAUCCUGGAAUGUCGGCGAGAGUCGAGCAACAACUCGCGCUGGCGGAGUCGUCGCGUCCGACGUCGACGCAGUCCACGCCACGGCGGUCUCCACAAGAGCUGGUCCCAAGAUCGACGCAGUCAAGCCCUGGUCGACCUACCCUUCGUGAAUUCCCGGCGUUGCCUCAACCACCUCUGGAGUUAGCCCUCAGCCCCGCGGCUGAGAGCACAUUGGGAAAACGCGAUCACCUCGCGCUGCGAGGGCAUCACGAGACCACGGUCCCGGGUAACGGUGCACCUGUGCGUCUUGGGUUGGCCCCGGGAGCCCAAGUUCUUGGACCUGAGGUUCCUGCACCGCGUGGCCACGCGCUUCCGAAAGGAAGUCUCCCGGUGAUCCCCCGAGGAGUGAGUGGCGAAGCUGGAGCUGGAAGUGGACAACUGGUGUCGUUCGCCGAUGACGAAGCUCGUGCCUACGGCGUGGAACAGCUGAGGCGCUGGGUCGCCCUGCCUGGUGAAGUGAUCUCUCCGGUCGACGUAGUCUAUGACGAGGCCGAGGACGAGUACGACAUGGAGGCAUGGGUGAAGGCUGCGCUUGAGACCAGUCGCUAUCUGGGGCUUUUGAACGCUGGCCGCCUCUCGGAGCCUUGGAUCUGUUGGUUCGACGCCGGCACGAUGCUCAUGGAAGCUGGCUUCGAGUUCUGCAAUGUCGUUCCGAUAUGGAGCUCGAUUCCUGAAUUGGCCGCUGUCUCGGAGAACCAGAUACGCCGCGGAGUCGAAGAAGUUCAGGCGCGGAUUGCCGUGGAGUGCCUCGAGUGGAACAAGUUGAUACGUGGUGUGGGGUUCCACAUUCGCCAGCCACUCGACCCACUGCCUGAAGUCCGCCCUGUGUCUCCGGCUGACAACCAAGCGUGUGACGAGGAAGGUGACAUCCUGAUGAUCGACGACACAGUGGGGCUCCUGGGGCUUGAGUUGACGAUGAAGCUCAGGCAGCUGCAGAGCCGCCUCCCUGCUCCGAUUCGUGCCUGGUACAAGCAACUUCCGGAGCGUGACCAGAAGAGCCGUCUUUCGAUGCUGUUCCGCCGCGAGUACUGUCGCACUGAGGCGUCCCCAUAUGGCCGGUACUACGAGUUGAGCCCGGACUCCGGAGAAACAGCUCGAUCGUUCCUCUAUCGGCUCAACGCUGCUGCGAAGCGUGCUGACGUGGACUACGAAGGUUCAGCCAGUGACCGCGAGCUACACAUCCGGAGAUUCAUCAAGAAGAUCUCGGAUCGUCGUCUCAAGAUUACGUUGCAAGGCCAGAGAUUCCUGUCAAUUCGCGAGUUGGAGAAGACAUUGAAGCGAACUCAUGGAGUUCGAUUCAGCAGAUUCCCGUCGCAGCGCCGAAGGCAACCCGAGAGGUCCUACCUGUCAGCAGGUGAAGACUCUGACUCUGGUGAUGAAGAUGCGCAAGCUCAAGAAUCCGAAGAUAAGCCUGAGUCCGCACCUCGACCAGGAACUCCUCCUCCGGUCUCGAGCCGUCCGACGGCGACUGUGAAUAUCGCGAGAAUUCCUGAGGCUCCUGUUCCGACACCCCGAGCUCCAACGACAGAGGAGAUUUUCCGAGCCGUGGAGCAGAUGGGCUGGCGUCCGCCACUUCCCCCUGCACCUCCUCAAUCGCCACGUCGAGACAACAACGUCUUCUGUGAAAAGUGCCGCGCAUUCGGCCACUCAGCCCAGUACUGCUGGCAAGACGCGGUCCGUGAGCUGGCGCGGAAGGGUGCACUUCAAGACCUGCCUGACGGUGUUCUGAAGUAA